ACAGUCGGUGCCUGUCCGUAUUGCAUCUGCGGGAAGACAGUGCUGUAGUCGCAGUGCAGAUAAUAACUUAAUGUGUUACUAAACAACAAUGUCUUCAGCUGAGUAUUUGAGGCAGUUUGUCAACGAGCGACUAACAGCUGCUGCUGAAGAAAUAUUCGGAGUUUUUGCAAAAACUAUCAUCGAGUACGAGGAAGAGCUCGACCGUCAGCGCAGACUGUUGGAUAACGUUUGGAAACCCCAAACAGAUUUAAACAUUAUAGAACUCCCACAGCAACAUGUCUGUAAGGAGGAGGAGGGUCUGUCUGACCAGCAGCAGCUCUGUAUUCAGGAGAGGAGCUCCAGUCUGGAACAAGAUCAAGACUCAGAUCCUCUACAGAUUGAAGAGGAACAGGAGGAACCGUGCACCAGUCAGGAGGGAGAGCAGCAUGUACUGAAGCAGGAGACUGAAACCUUCAUGUUGACUUCAACUUAUGAGCUGAGUGACCACAGUGAUGACUUGAGUAUCAAUGAAACUCAGUUUGUGGAGGAAGAGCUUAAAGACUCUGUCUCAAGUGCAGAUACAGGAUCGAACAAGAGACAUUGCAAGAGCAGAAGUCACAGUAACAAUAUAGACGAUGCUGACCUGUCAGAGAGUCUCUGUGAUACUCAAACAGGUAAAGAGUCAGUCAGAUGUGUGAUACAGGAAAAAGAUUUUCAGAACAAUUCAUUUUUGCAAAGACACGUGACUGUCCACACAGGUGAGAAACCAUUUUCUUGCAAAAUAUGUGGGAAAAGUUACAGUGGGAUAUCAUCAGUAAAGUAUCACAUGAGAACCCACACAGGUGAGAAGCCAUAUCCUUGCUUAAUUUGUGGGAAAGGGUUCAUAAGUAACGGUGUUUUAAAAGUCCACAUGAGAACCCACACAGGUGAGAAGCCGUACCUUUGCAAGACCUGUGGGAAAAGAUUCUUUGACCUUUCUGCAUUGACAAGGCAUUCGAGAAUCCACACAGGUGAGAAGCCGUAUAGUUGUAUAACAUGUGGCAAAGAUUUCAAAGGUAGUAACGAUUUGAAAAUUCACAUGAGAAUCCACACAGGUGAGAAGCCGUAUACCUGUAAAAUAUGUGGGAAACGUUUCAAUGGUACAAGUGAUUUGAAAGCCCACAUGAGAACCCACACAGGUGAAAAGCCGUACCUGUGUAAUACCUGUGGUAACACAUUCUCUCACCGUUCAACAUUCACAAAGCACUUGAGUAGCCACACAGGUGAGAAGCUGUAAACUUGAAAGGUGGGCAAGAUUUCAGACAUAUGGUUGGUAUAAAUGUCCAAAUAAGAAGAGCCUACAUAUCUACAUACAGACAAGAGGUUUUCUGUUUGAACCCACACAAGUGAGGAGUAACAUCAUCACUGUACUUUUUGAAACAAGUUUUUCUUGAAUGAAGAUAAGUAUACACAAGAGCUGAAACCCCUGUAGAGAUGUGUUCACUAACUGAAUGAAAUACACUUAUAACAGGAACAUCUCUGUGACUGAGUGUAAGACACUUUAUAUGAAGAUGGGAUGUCUAUAAUUAAGUGUAAAGUUGCCUUCAUGUGGCUGUAUGUGGAUUUAUAUUUCUGUAUUUUGAAACAAUCGUAAUUUCCCAAAUUAAAGUCAAAUAAUAAUUAAACGGUGAGUGCCCAGUGAUGGUUGUUAAAGUUUUAUUAUGAUUUUGAUGGUUGUCGGUUUUGCCAAAUGUUCAUCUAUGAAACGUCUUCAAC